AUGUAAACCUAACAUUUAGAAGAGAUAGGUGUAAAAGAUGUAAUAAAGAUAGGAGAAGGUUCAUUUGGUUAAGUUUACAAAGGAGUUUAUGAUGGAUAGGAUGUAGCAGUGAAAGUAAAGAUUAUGUGUAAAUAAUACUAAGAUAAUUGAAAAUUGCUUUGUUUCUGAGAUAUCAAUUCUAGAAAAAAUAGAUCAUCCAAAUAUUAUAAAACUAAUAAAAGUAAAAUAUAGUAAGUGAAAUUAGGAAUUUAAAUUUGGGAAUACGUCUUAUUUAAUAAUGGAAUAUUGUUCAGGUGGAACAUUAAGAGAUUAUAUCUAAAUGAAAGUAAAAGAAGAAGAAAUAAUUGAAAUAAUGAGAUCUUUAUUAUCAGCAGUAGAAUAUUUGCAUGGUUAAGGAAUAAUUCAUCGAGAUAUUAAACCUGGUAAAUAGAAAAUAAUAAAUAGAUAAUAUUCUAAUCAAAGAUAAAAAUGAUUUAUCUUCAAUUAAAUUAGCUGAUUUUGGAUUGAGCUUUUAAUAUGAUGCUGAAAUUUAGUAUUACUAAACAGUUUCUCAUUAAUGUGGAACUUUUAUAUUCAUGGCACCAGAAUAGAUCCUCAAUUUAUCAUAUAAUAAAACUGUUGAUACUUGGUCAUGUGGUAUUGUACUUUAUAUGCUUUUAUAAAAUAAACAUCCAUAUUAUCCUAAAUAUUCUACAAAGACUUAAUUUAUAUAAACAUUUCCUAAUAUUUAAUAUGAUGAACCAAAUGAUGUAUCAUCUUUAACUAGAGAUUUCUUAAGACGUCUAUUAUGUUAUGAUUCACAUCGUCGUUAUACUGCUUUAUAAGCACUUUCACAUCCAUGGAUUACUAGACGUCAUUAAGAUAGUAUACCUAUGGGUCUAAGAGAAUUUACUAUUUGUAAAUUAUUGUAAGAAAAAAUGAUCUAAUAAAUCAAAACUAUUAUGUUCAUUUAAUAUCUAAUUAAACUUAAUAAUUUUAAUAAUCAUCGCAAUAGAUCAGAUAGUUAAACCUACUCUGAAACUUCUAUCAAUUAAUAAAUACGUCCUAAAACUAAACUAUUAAGACCUCUAAUUUUUAAAAAUUAAACAUAAUUUUAAUAAAAAGAAGAACUUAAAAGUAAAAUUAAACUCUCAUAAUUAACAGCAUUAUUGACUUAACAAAAUAGUAUUUAAUCAUUUUAAUUAUAAUAAUAACAUAUAUAAUAACAAAUCAUUAAUAAAAUAUCUUCAUAACCAACCUUAGAUUCUCCUUAAAAAAAAUAUCAUAUAAAACAUAAAUUAAGUGUAGAUUGUGGAAAUGAACAACAGAUGAUCUAAAUUGUAUCAUCAGUAUCUCCUAUAAAAGGUGAAUCAGAAUCUAGUAAAAUUUAAUCACCUAAAAAAUCAUUUAGAAAUUCUUAAUCUUUUUAAAGAUUGAUACUACCUUAAUUGUCAGAAUCAACUUAAAGUUCAAUUAGUCCUGAUAAAAUGAUAAAAAAAGAAUCAAAGACACUUGUCAUAAGGAAAUCGUAAUCUACUUUAUAGAUUUGUUUAAAAAAGAUUCAAUAAGCAAAUGAAUAAUGUGAAUAGAAAACUACACUGAGAUAGAGAAUGGAAACUUAUGAUUAAAAGAAUUACAGUCAUAGAAUAACACAAAAAGCUAAUUCAUUGAAUUCAUCAACGAUAUCUCCAAAAAAUAAAUUGAUUCAGCAAAUUAUUUAAUAGCAACAAUAAUUCAUUCUUCCAUCAUCAUAUAGAAAGAGAUUAUGA